AACCUUCACGGAACAACUGAGGAAGAUAUCCAGAGACGCAGGAAUGCCCAUCCAGGGUCAACCUUGUUUCUGUAAAUAUGCCCAGGGAGCAGACAGUGUGGAACCCAUGUUCCGUCACCUGAAGAACACCUAUGCUGGCUUGCAGCUCGUGGUUGUCAUUUUACCUGGGAAAACACCUGUUUAUGCCGAGGUGAAGCGCGUGGGUGACACCGUGUUGGGAAUGGCCACGCAGUGUGUGCAGAUGAAAAACGUGCAAAGGACGACCCCCCAGACGCUGUCCAAUCUGUGCUUGAAGAUCAACGUCAAGCUAGGAGGAGUUAAUAACAUAUUACUGCCUCAAGGAAGGCCUCCAGUAUUUCAGCAGCCCGUCAUUUUCCUGGGAGCAGAUGUCACUCAUCCACCAGCUGGAGACGGGAAAAAACCAUCUAUUGCUGCCGUUGUAGGCAGCAUGGAUGCCCAUCCGAAUCGCUAUUGUGCCACUGUGAGGGUCCAGCAGCACCGCCAAGAAAUAAUUCAAGACUUGGCUGCCAUGGUUCGGGAGCUGCUGAUCCAGUUUUACAAAUCCACUCGAUUCAAGCCGACGCGGAUUAUUUUCUAUCGAGACGGCGUUUCCGAGGGGCAGUUUCAACAGGUUCUUCAUCAUGAAUUGCUGGCUAUCCGAGAAGCAUGCAUUAAGCUAGAAAAAGAUUACCAGCCAGGGAUUACAUUCAUUGUGGUCCAGAAGAGGCAUCACACCAGGCUGUUUUGCACCGACAAAAAUGAAAGAGUUGGGAAAAGUGGAAACAUUCCAGCAGGUACCACUGUGGACACAAAAAUCACCCACCCGUCGGAGUUUGACUUCUAUCUGUGUAGUCAUGCUGGUAUUCAGGGCACAAGCCGACCGUCUCAUUACCACGUUCUCUGGGAUGACAAUCGCUUCUCUUCGGAUGAGCUGCAGAUCCUCACUUACCAGCUGUGUCACACCUACGUGCGUUGUACUAGAUCUGUUUCAAUCCCUGCGCCAGCCUACUAUGCACACCUGGUGGCCUUCAGAGCCAGGUACCACUUGGUGGAUAAAGAGCACGACAGCGCCGAAGGGAGCCACACGUCUGGGCAGAGCAACGGCCGAGACCACCAGGCCCUUGCAAAAGCUGUCCAGGUCCACCAAGACACUUUGCGCACCAUGUACUUUGCUUGACCUCUGGCCACGUUGAGAGAACUCCGUUCCUGAGUUGGAUUCACAAGAGACCAGCUGCACUUAGACCAACAGUUGCCCAAGCUAUCGCGACCGCCAGCAAAAGGAGUGAUGCCUCUU